AUGAUCCCAAGAAAUAAAAACAUUACUUUACUUACAUUUUUUGAUCUUAUUCAUUUUCCUUUGAAAAAACCUAAUUGGAUUGGGUGUAAUAACCAAUUACGACCGAGUUUUAUUUAUCAACAAGACCACCCUCCAUUCAAAGAAAUACCUUAUUAUUUGUUACAUCCUUUUCAUUCAUUACUUAUCAGAGAAUCCCCUUCUUCUAAUUGUUCUAAUACAAUUAAAAUUACAAAUUCAGUCAUGAAACAAUUAGAAAUGAAGGAAUUACCCCAAAAUGAGGAUUAUGAAGACUGGGUUGUUUUAUGGGAUGUUAAUAAAGAACAACAAGAUAAAUUUAAACAACAAGAUAAAAAUUAUCAAAUCAAGUACUGGAAUGAUUUUAUCAAUAGGAUUGAAUGGGAAAAAGGUAUUGUAUGGGAUUCUGAUACAAACCAAAUGAAUUUAACAUAUUUACUUGAAAUGGUAAACAAUUGGGAUUUUCAUGAGACAACAAAUAAAGAACAACCAAAUGAGACUAUCCCAUAUCAAAAUUCCCACAAACAAUUAAUUUUAGAAGAAGAUAAUUAUUUGAUUGAGUACACAAUAGAUGAUCCACCACUUCCAUUGUACUGUAAUUGUUGGAUGGAAGAAGAUAAUCUUUUAGGAUUAUGUUUAUGUACAGAUGAAACUAAAAUUAUCCUUCAAAAACAAUUAAUUUCUCAAACUGAUUUUAUUUUAACAAAAAAAGAUGGUCAUUGGAAAAUAGAAGAAUUUAAUCACUUAUACUCAGCAGGUCAAGUGUUUUUGAAAAAGUCUAUUGACAUUCCACCUGCUUAUUCUGGUGAAUAUUCUUAUUACAUAAAUCAACCAGAUUCUAUUCAAAAACGUGUUCUCUCAACUUGUGAUAAGCGGUAUGGUGGAAUGGAUGCCAAAAGAAUUUGUGAAGAACUUCUCAAAACAAAAGAAAAAUGGAGAAAUGAAAGUCAAAUAAUGGAAGAAGAUUUAUUAGACUUGCCUUGGAAUAGGUGUUGGAUUGAUGGGAAUUUAGUUGAAGGGAAAAAACGAAAGGAAGUUCAGAUUGUUGAACUAGAAUGUGGGAAAUUAGGGUAUAAAGUUAAUUGGAAUCAUCAUAAAAGAAAAAAGGAGCAAUGGACUAAAUUAAAGGAGAUUAGAAAAGAAUUAAAACUAUUAAAUGCACCUUCUUGGACAUUACAACUUAAACAUGAUGAAUCAUUAAAUUGUCUUAAACGAAUUAAGAAAAGAAAAAUGUGGAAUGAACAACGUCAAGUACAACUAACCGAAGAAGAAAAACAAGAAAUACAUCGUAUCUUAUAUAAACAAAGAAGAAUUGAAUGGUGUUAUAAAAGUAUUUGGAAUAAUGAUGAAGAUAAAAAAAGGAAUAAAGAAAUUAAGCUUCAGAAAGAACAACCAAAAAAACGGAAGAAAAGUGUAAAAGAAUGUAUACAAUUUAUUCUUCAACAAUCUGAAGAUAUUCAACAAAAGAAAGAAUUAGAAAAAUUAUUAAAGAAAGUAAAAAGAAAAACAAUAAAAGGAUUUUCUAAAGAUAUUGAAGAUGUUAUAGCCAAAGGAAAUAGAAGAGAAUGGGUAAAUAAAGUGAAAGAAUUGAUUCAGUUAUAUACAGAAGAGUAA